AGGUCACCCUGCUGCUUUAUUAUCCGUGGAUUGUGGGUGGUCCACGGGGAAUGAGCUCCACCGGAUUAGCCCUGGCGCCUCCUGCCAAGAACGUGGUGGUGUAUCGCAAUGGGGACCCCUUCUUCCAGGGCAGGAAGUUUGUGGUCAACCAGCGCCAGUUCCUCACCUUCGAAGCGUUUCUGAACGAGGUCACCAGCACCAUCCAUGCACCCGUGGCAGUGAGGAAUAUCUACACCCCCAGGCAGGGCCACCGGGUCACGGAUCUGGGGGAGCUGCAGAACGGGUGCCAGUACGUGGCAGCCGGCUUCGAGAGGUUCAAGAGGCUUGACUAUUUAAAUCGGGGAUUGAAGCAGCUGAGUGGGGCUAGGAAGAAAAAUGGCAUGCAGGUCCGCCCUGUCGCUCCCCAGAAGCUGACCGUGUCGGCACGAUGGCAGAAGCCCACCCAUCUGCCCUGUGUGAUCCACGUCUUCCGGAACGGCGACUUGCUGAGCCCCCCUUUCCGCCUGCUCCUCUCCAAGAGCACCCUGCUGGAGUGGGACGCCGUCCUGGGGCUGUUGACGGAGAAAGCCAGCCUUCGCAGUGGAGCUGUCCGAAGGCUCUGCAGGCUGGAUGGAGUUGCAGUGUCCAGCGGUGAGGAGCUGGUGAACGGUGGUUACUACGUGGCUGUGGGGGCUGAGAAGUACAAAAACCUGCCCUACUUUGAACUGCUGGUGCCUGAAAAUUCUGCCCAGAGGGUGUUCUGGAGCCAUCCCAAUAACAGGCGUGGGAUCCACAAUAAAGGGUUUAGUAAAUUCCACGCCACUUCCCAGGACGGAGCCAGUGACUCUGCCCUCCUCGAUCCUCCACAACAGCCGGACAGCCGCAGGGUGCAGUCCACAGGAGCUGCAGAGAAGGAUGAGACCCCUGUUCCCUCCCUGAUGGUACGCAGGCCAGCCAGGAGAUAUCCACACAGGGAGGAAGAGUCAGUCUUCCACGCCAAACCUGCCCGUGCAGGGCAAAAUAAGAAGAGCCACAGGAACACCCCACACUGGCUUGAUCAAGAAGAGGGAGGUGUUUAUAAAGUGAAAGACCCAAGAAAGGAGUUGCGAGGGGCUCGGGAAGUGGCAGAGGACGAGCACACAAUGGUGGAGCUGCCUGUGGACCAAAGUGCUGCAGAGACUGUGGAAGAGGAAGUUCUACCCCAAAAUAGGCCAACUCCUCAGACAAAGGCUGGGACCACUCGCAGAUCACAGAAGGCCUUGACAACACGAAACAACUCCAGCGACUCAGAGGCGGAAGCAAACUGAAAGACGCAUUCCCUCUGCAAGUGAGAGCUGAAGAGCGCGUGAAGUGGCUGUGAUGCAAGCGGGAGAAGUUGGCAUUCUCUUUGUGCUAGUGGUAGAUAACAAACCACUUGGAUUCCAGACUCCUGUAACACCACACACCACUGCCCAAUCUGGGGACAGGUUCAAGUACCAUGUCUGAAACUAAGUGCCUUGACUAUGAGGGUUUUGGAACGUGAACAAUGAGUCAGGUCCUUGUUCUUUGAACACAAACACUUGCCUCCCUUCUCUUUAAAAUGUUUGCUUUGAGGGAGGAGGUGGAAAUGUUGGGCCUACAGUUAUAAGCUUCAGUAGUCAAGGAAUUGGUCUGUCUGAACUGGAAUUUUUAUUUUAUUUUUACUGUAAAUAAUAGUUCUAAGUCUUCUCUACUGAAAUGUCUGCCAGGAAGUGUUCUCCAUAUUAUAGAUCCUGUGUUUAAAAUGAUUUUGUGGCUCUUUUUUGCUCAGGCCUGGUUAAUUUCUACCGCUGCAUGUGACUGUCGUUAGAUGAGCAUUAUAACAAAUCUAGUCCCAGAAGGCUCAUUCUUCUUGUUCUUAAAAAGCGUCAACCUAAAUCAAGGAAACCUCUUUAUAUAAAAAUAAAUAGCUAGUUUAUUAACCCCAGAGUCACCUGAGCAAUAUAUUUCCUUUCCUGAUAACACAUAAAGGCAGAAAAGCUUUUCCUAGUCUGAUGUAUCCACUCCUUGGGCUGGAAUGGAUUGUAUUCAGUCCUUAAUGCAACUAGUCACAACUAGGAGUUUUGGACACCUGAGGAAGGUGGGACUGAGUGUCUGAUGAUAAGCACCUUUAGGAAGAGAACUGAAAUUAUGAUGGCUGUAAGAACUGCUGUACCUGAGGUACGUCCACUUUGUUACUGUGUUGUGAUCUGACAGCCCCUGAGGUAGAAUGCCACUGAGAAAAUAGCCUGUUACUGCCUUUAUGCAACGCUGUCUCAUGGAGAACAGUUCCACUUGGAUGCUGCUGGUACCAUUUUCUGAGCUGAUGGCGAAAGUCACUCAAUAUAAUGUGAUUCAUUAUCUUUUCACACUAUGCUCCCAUCAGAGGCCUCCCAACCAUCCCUGCAGCUCAGAAAUCAGUCAGGGUUCUAAUGAAACAGAGGAUAUUUUUAAUAGAUAGUCUCACUUCUGACCAGCUCAGGGGACUUGGCAAUCGAAAUUGUGUUGAACGCUGAACAAGACCAUCUCACAACUGUUCCUGUCCAAGAGAGCUUCUAGUGCAAGGGAGAUGCAAAGAGACGUUCUGAGACAACCCAGGAGGAGUUAAAGCAGGAACCACUGAGUUUAUUUCAGUCUUGAUG